GGAGCAGGAGCGGGGUCGGGGCCGGGCCGGGGGCGGAGUCGAGGCCGGGGGCGGAGCGCGGCUCCGUCAUGUCCAAGCACGUGUUUCUCACGGGACCCCCAGGGGUUGGAAAGACUACUUUGAUCCAGAAAGUCACUCAAGCUCUAAAAUCCUCAGGUGUUCCCAUUGAUGGAUUUUACACACAGGAAGUUAGAGAAGGUGGCAGGAGAACAGGAUUUGAUGUUGUCACUCUGUCUGGAAACCGAGGACCUUUAUCUAGAGUCAGUCCCAGUUCUGGUUCUUCUGCUUCAAGACGUGAAUACCGGGUUGGACAAUAUGUUGUAGACCUUGUCUCAUUUGAGCAGUUGGUUCUACCUAUGCUGAGAAAUGUAAAUCAGGAUGGUGACACAGAGAAAAGGAUUUGUGUCAUAGAUGAGAUUGGUAAAAUGGAACUCUUCAGCCAGGCUUUCAUUCAAGCUGUUCGUCAAACGCUGGCUGGCUCGGGGACUGUGGUGCUUGGAACUAUUCCAAUACCUAAGGGAAAGCCACUGGAUCUUGUUGAAGAAAUAAGAAGUAGGAAAGAUGUUAGAGUGUUCAAUGUUAGUAAGGAAAACAGAAACAGCAUUUUGGGAUAG